AUGUUCCCAACUUUCAUGAUCUAUGGUCAAUCACAGACAAGUGUCAUGCCUGAGCUACGAGCCAUGGCCUUCCAAACUCGAACUCCAACCUCGGAACUUUCACAACAGACUUCACCAGAGCGCAUCCGCUCAUUCAAUACGCAUGUUGGAAUGUACCUUGAUUCGGGUUGCUACCAUUUGGUCCCUCGGGCUAUUGAACGACAUAUAGAAAGCUAUCGAUUUCUCAACACUCAAGAACUCGACUUGAUUAAAGAUCAUCUUAUCGGUUUAGAGGAUCAGGUUCAUGAUACUAUUUCUUAUCUCUUUGAAGCUGAACGUGUAGUGGAAUAUGUUAAAAUGGCAUUGGGUUUGCCUGAUCCCGAAGUUAUCACCCACCAUCGUAUACUCAAGGAGCAACUAAAGCAAGCACGUGCGGAACGUAAAGAGUAUAUGCGCGCAGUCAAACAUUACAAUAGGGAGGUGGCAAGACUUGGAGCAAUUCUUUCUAGGGAGAACAAACGCACUUGCGAUUUUGAGGAUGCUGUAGCUCAAGCGAAUCCUGAACCCACCUCACCGGUUUCCGAAUCUGCCGCACCACUCGCCUCAGAUCUCGUCAGUCUUGUGAUUCAAUGA